UGAAUUUUCUAAAUCGACCAAAUAUUUCCUGAAUCUACUGUUUGCCCCAAAUUUGAAGAUACGAAGUUGUGAUGAUUACUGAAAAAGUUUCCCCAAAAUGAAGCUGAAAAGAUUUGUUUCAAUCCCAGUUUUAUCAGUAAUUACUCUAGUUGGAUUCGUUUACUACAUGACCGUGUUUGUGUUCAUUGAAGAUUGGAUUGGAUUGGAGAGCUCAGCUGGAUUUCUCAACUCUUUGAUCUUCACUGCUUUGGCUUCUCUGUGUGUAUUUUCGUUUCUAGUGUGUGUUCUAGCGGAUCCCGGCGGCGUUCCAUCUGGAUUUCUCCCUGAUGUUGAAGAGAGCUACGCCUCAGAUCAGGAAAUCAAGAGAAAUGGUGUGGUUCCGAAGAAAUGUGAUAAGUGUUCGGCAUACAAGCCUCCUAGAGCUCAUCAUUGCCGUGUCUGCAGAAGGUGUGUUCUGAGGAUGGAUCACCACUGUACCUGGAUUAAUAACUGUGUGGGACAGAGAAAUUAUAAGCCGUUUCUUCUUUUAGUCUUCUACGCAACUGCUGCAACCACAUACUCUGCGGCUAUCAUAAUUAGCUGCAUAAUCAAGGACUGGGAUACUGGUGCCAGUUCCACUUCAAAGACCUUUCGAAUUGGUAUUGGAUCGUGGAUUACUGCUUUAAGUUUGACACUUGGAAGUCUCUUAAUCUGGAAUAUAUAUCUUGCUUCUCAUAACAUGACAACUAUAGAGUACCAUGAGGGAAAACGAGCUGCUUGGUUGGCGAGGAAAUCUGGACUGAGCUACCACCAUCCUUACGAUGUUGGCUUUUACAAAAACACAACCCUGGUUUUGGGUUCUAAUAUGCUAAAAUGGCUUUGGCCAACGGCAACCAGUCAUAUCAAAGAUGGACUUAGCUUCCCUACCACACGUGAAAGCUCGUAACCCGCAUUGAUCUUGUAACAUCUCCUGAAAACAGCCAAUUUCCCUCGACUCGGUUAUCUGCAGUAUGUGUUGGAUCACAGUGGCAUCUGCAUCUCCUCUGGGUAAAAUACCAUGUUUAUGCUGACUGGGAAAAUGCAUUCAGACCUCUCUAAAUGCUUGAUAUCAUAUAUGCUCGAAACUGGUAAGUACUAUUAUUUUGAAAACCAUAGACUGUGCUCUCGCAGAUCCUAACAAUCUCCGCUUAAACUUCAUUCAAAACAUUGCUGGAGUAUAUACAAAUUCCUUCUGUACAGAUUGUAUAGUAUUUGUCCUCAAUUAAUCAACUUUGUUGGCAACAAA